GUGGGAUGUGCCCUAUUCAGCAUAGGGUGGGCGAAUUUAAAUGGCUCAUUUAAUGAUUAGAAAUGGAAAGCCUGGCUUCUCACCAUGUCUUCUCACAAGACUUUCAGAAUCAAGCGAUUCCUGACCAAGAAACAAAAGAAAAACCGUCCUAUCCCUCAGUGGAUUCAUAUGAAAACCGGUAACAAAAUAAGGUACAACUCCAAGAGAAGACACUGGAAGAGAACAAAGCCGGGUCUGUAA